GACAACUUUUUAUUUUCAACACCUGGUGCCAAACUAGUCUCAAGUUCUUUACACUUUCUCAUUUCAACUUCUAUCAAGUCAAACUUUCUUAGUGCACUGCCACCUUUCCAUCGACCCAUCUUUAAACAUUGCAUCAAAUCAUGUCUAGCCAGUCGAGGGCCGUUGGAGCAGAACGGUCUCGCCAGUUACAUUUUUCUGCCGACUCCAACUAUCCUUCGUAUAUCGAUACUGGCAUUUUAUUCAGUACCAACUCGUCCCAAACUUCACGGGAGGAUUUUAAAAGCCCACACGGAUACCCUCACUUGCUUGUAGUAGAUGGCAACGAGUUUCCUAGAUCUAGCUUAAAAGCCAUGAACUACUUUUCACCUUCAGCCAUAAAUAGUAUUUUGGUCUCAGAGUCCAGCAGUUCUUUAGACUCGACAGGAAGUAGAGCUAGUGCACCAAAGGGCCAGCCCGAGUACGAAUACAAGGGGAAUCAUCGUCGCCCCACCUGGCCGUCGGUAUACCCACAUCAGUCGCUUCAAGAAAAAAUGCAACAUCGCCAUUCUACUGUUUCAAUCAACUUGAAUGCCCAUCAACCGCUUUGGUCCACGUCCUCGAUGCUACAAGUAGAGGAGCAGACACCUCUCCACAGCGACUUUGAUGACGUAUCUCGACAGCUUGAUCAGAUACGAAGUCAGCUACAAUCAAGUGGUAUUGCUUCCAAAAAUAAUUUGUCGCUUGGUAGUAUGCAACAGAAUGUAAAGCAACCUUUGCACGCAUGGGAAGUCCAUGGCUUACCACAAAAACCAAUCGGUAAUUCGACCAAUAUGCAGCAUCACCGCUAUUCCCAAAAGCAGCAGUUUCAGCAACUAGGGUCUCUUGAAAUAUCGGCUGAUGCGCCUUUUAAAAAGCAUAUGUUUCCAGAUCUUCAAGUAACCAAUGAAGGUGAUCAGGCUUUGCUUCAAGUCAUCUCUUCAUCCAACAGUACUUUGGCGACACCCAGUAAAGCCCCAUCGGAAGUCGGAGAUUUGGAAAACUCACCUGGAUCUCAAAUGAAAGUCUCGAGUCUAGAAUUACUUUUUCAAUCUCGCCCAAAUAUUCCCGCCAAUGCACACUUUUCGGUACUGAAAAUUAUGAACAUCAGCUGGGAUCUGACCAUUCAAGAUGUCAUGGCAUUUUUUGCUGAUUCACAGAUUCCUAUGGGGCAUAACGCUCCUUAUUAUCAUAAUGGUAUACAUAUUAUUCUGGAUCGAACGACUGGUAAAACGCUCGGUGAGUGCUAUGUCGAAUUUCCAACACAAGUCCUGGCUGCGCAAGCUUUACGAACUCAUCGUCGAGGGUUUCUCAAAGGCCGGCCAGUGUCGGUGGAGCCAAGUACCCAAGAUAAACUAUACCAUGCUUUAUUCCCAAACCUUCGGGCAUCACUUGAGCAAUCUCAAAAACGUUUAGAUUUUCAGGCUGAAGAAAAUAUCUCUGAAGGAAAUAGCCAGAGUACACUUGACCAAAAGAGCCGACCCGAGCUUGUGUAUAUGGCUAGAGAAGAUAUUUUUAUGCUUUUAAGCAGUUGCAAGCCAUCAAGGACUCAUCCAAGCAAAAAGAGCUCAAGGCGUCCAUUUGAAAACAUUAUUUCCAUUCUUUCCAAAGUGCCUUGGCACCGGGCCAAUCUAGUCCCAAUACUUCAACGAGAUCAUUUAUUUGAGAUGGCAAAGCUAGGCACGGAGAGUCUUUUAUUUCAAACACAGCGUGUCAAUAGCAAUCUAAACACCAAGUUUCUUGAUACGUUUGUGCGUGCAAUCCUGUGUGUCCCACUUUUUACCGAAAAACAAAAACUGAUUGUGCUCGCAACUGCGCAUCUAAAAUGUCCACCAGAAUUGAAGAAAUUUGUAUAUAUGCCGGUUGAGCCAGAGGCAAAGUCUCAGACAAGUACCAAUUUUUCUUCUAGGGUGGCACAGAUUCAGGAUUAUUCAUACAAUUCUGAUCCACAAAUACAUAAUAUGACUUUUCAAACACUACCAGUCGAAAGCCUGCCAUCUGAAAACUUCACCCAGAAACAUCGAAGCGAAAGCUUGAAUGAUUUGAAAAUGGAGGCCAUGUUUGCAGAUUUGGAAAACAAUCCAAUGCAGUUACAAUCGUUGCAUCGAUAUGUUUCUGCACGAUCAAGCCCAGUUUUGCACGAAGCUUUACUCCAACAUUCUCGCCACGCUGAUUCUGUGACAGUUCCCACUUCUUCGAUGUCCAUGCCAUUAAAUUCUUGUAUACUUGAUGUCAAGCAACCCAAUGAUGCCACGGUUGUUUUGGAUCAUUGUCAAAGCAAUUCCGAGAAAGCAUUUUCUAAUUUUCAGUUUGACUCCAAGGCAUUGAAACUGAAGGUCGCAGAACUUGAGCAUGAGCUGCACUUGUCUCGACAACAGUACAACACACUGGCUGCUAAUCGCGACGAAGUGAUUGCAGCUUUAAAAAAGGAAAACCAGCAUAUAUUGGAACGUAACAAACAACUGGGACGCAUGUGCGGAACAAUGUCGUUUGAAUGUGUUCGAUGUGGCAAAGAGCAAAGUGAUACUAUGCCUUUGCCCUGUAGUCGCCCGUCCCCUGCUAAUACAGCCCCCUCUGUCUGGGACUUUUGCGAAUCGACCGGAAAAGCCGAGUUUGAGGACGUGUAUGAUAUAGAUUUACCUCAAUCUUCAUCUUCUCCAGUUGAUGUAUCAUUUUAACAGCAUACACUAAGACCGAGUGUUUAAUUUGAAAAUAUUUGAAAACGGCAAUAAUUCAAGCAUGCAUAGUUUGAUAGUUAUAACAUUUGGCAAUCGAUUAUUGUUUUCCUCUAUAAUUCUGUAUAGGUUGAAAAACUUGAUGAUGUAUAUGGUAACAAUAAAAGUAAUUGCACAUGCAUGU